AUGUAUGGACAAAUGGGCUCUAUGAUGACUGACGAUAUCCCGCGACGCUGUUCGCUUCCCUCUCUGAAGUCUGCCACCUCCGGCAUGACUGACUCUGCUCUGGGCGAUGAGCGGCGCCUUCCCCCUCUUCCUCGUGUGGAGCCAGCACCCCGAGGUCCUUUCAAUCCCUUCCAUGUCAAGGAGGCAUACCCUCCCAGCACCCCAGGUGCCCAGGACACCUUCCAGUUCAAAUCUCCAUGGUCCGGUAGUGAUCACCACAUCACGGCUCCUCCUUCGCCGGCCAAUUCCGCUGAGAGCUCUUGGCAAGAGUCCUUCGCCGCUCAAAAGGCUACAACUGCUGAGUGGCCCAACGAUCUCUCCCAGAACGAGAUCAUGACCUUGAUUGCCCCAACAAACAACAACCGCAAGCAGCCUCUGCAGCAACUCUGCGGGCGUAAGCGCAAGGGUAGCGCCGACUCGACUGAUCCUGAUGACCAGCGUGAGAAGCACCGUAUUGCUGAGGGAAACCGUCGCAAGAACCUCAGCCAGUUGCACCGCGAGCUAGACAGCCGCAUUCAUGACUUCUUCCUCGAGCGCGCUGGCUGGAACCCAUCCAAGAGCUUGCCUCAGUCUAAGGAACACAUCGUCCAGGGAGCAGUCUACCUCAUCGACUUCAUGCUGGCUAUCAUCGUUCACUUGAUCCGACAGGAGCAGAUGACUCCCCAGCUGUCUGAGAAGCUGCAGCCUCAGGUUCGGUGCAUGCAACUGCAGCAACUGGUCACAUCACUCCAGCAGCAGAAUCAAGCCACCCAACAACAACUUCGUGCCGCCAAAGCAGAGAAUGAUAUGUUGGCUGACCGCAACCGUGCCCUCGAAUUCCAGCUCAAGUCCUACGAGCAAAUGUUCCGUUCUCCCAAGCCCGAGACCUCUAGCCCGCGCACUCUAAUUGAUGUUCGCGAACACAAGCGCCAAAAGAAGGGGCUUCCAGGCCUCCGCGUCUUCUGUGACGAGAUUGGUGCCACCAACACUGCCCCCGAAACACCCUUAUACCGCGACGGCUUGCAUAGCUCCACAUCUCAAAGUUUUGGCUCCUCCUAUCUCACAGCCUCUCCACCUGUCACAGGGCCUUCCUCUCCGGCCUUCACACUGUCACAAUCUUCCUCUUUCCACUUUCCGGCUUCUCGCCGGCAAUCCUUGAUUCCGUCGCCAUAA